UUUAUAUUUCAUCUAUAUGCAGCUUUUUUGUAGUUCAAGAAUAUUCUUUAAUAACUUUUGUAUUGAAUAGUUUGUAUUUCGUAUAGAAAUCACAACUUUGCUUCUCUCGAAAUAAUUUAAUUAAAUAAUUUAAUUAAUCUGUUUAUUCGUGAAUAGAGUGAAAAACUGAGAGCUAAUUAAUGAGACUCCGGCCGUAUAUGUGAUAAAAAUGUAAUUUUUUAUACAAAUAUCCACACAAUCCGCUAAACCAUGAAGUUAUGGGUUGUCGACCCGCAAAGCUCUCUAAAGUAGCCGUUAUAACCGACUCGAUCGCGAAAUAUCAAAACGGAAAUAAAGUUUUCAUACAAAAUGUUAAUAACAGUGACACGAUUGAGGAUUUGGAUACUACUGAGAUUGAAAAUCUAGAAAACACUAAUAACAGUGAAAAUUCAAAUAAUGUAUUGCGAACUAGUAGUAGACGGGAGGCCUCAAGAAUCGCGUGGAGAGACACUAAGGAGACGUCAAAGGAGGCCAAGAAUGGUCGGCCCAUCCGUAAUAUAAGCCCUGGACUUGGUUUACAUGAAACUCAUAGUGAGAACACCUCCUCUGCCAUACAAGUGAAUAAUGACACGAAUGGAUGA